AUGUCUGCGUCUACUAUUCUCCGCAGGGCUCUUCUCUAUGUCCCAGCAUCCUCUCCAAAGUUCCUCCAGAAAUCUCUCACGCUACCCCCUCUUGACACAAUCUCCUACGACCUAGAAGACAGCGUAACCCCCUCCCAGAAACCCAUCGCCCGCAAAUCCCUCCUCUCCUUCCUCUCCUCCCCCACAAGACCCAGCAACAUAACCGAGCUCUCAGUCCGCAUCAAUGCCGUCUCCUCCGGCCUCGCCCUCGCAGACCUCACCUCCAUCCUGCAAGCGACCCACCUCGACGCCGUCGUCGUGCCCAAGGUCAACCGCGCCUCGGACCUGCACUUCAUCACCGACGUCCUGCGGCACCAGCUGCCCUCCCGCCACAGCGGCGUCCCCUCCGCCGCCACCCCCGUAAAGCUCAUCGCCCUGAUCGAGAGCGCAGAGGCCGUCAUGAAUCUCCCCGAGAUCUGCAAAUCCUCGCCCUACCUCUCCGGUCUCGUCUUCGCAGCCGAGGACUUCGCCCUCGACCUCUCGCUGACCCGCACCCCCUCGCUCACCGAGUUCCUCUAUGCCCGCAGCGCCAUCUCGACUGCGGCCCGCGCCUUUAACCUCCCCUCCACUAUCGACCUCGUCUGCACUUCUUUCCGUGGCCCCCAAGGUCUGAAGACGCUGGAGGAAGAGUGUGAGCAGGGGAGAGGCAUGGGCUUUAAUGGGAAGCAGUGUAUACACCCGAGUCAGGUGGGGGUGGUACAGAAGGCCUUUGCGCCGGCGGAGACGGAGGUGGAGUGGGCGGUGAGGGUGCUGGUUGCAGAUGAGAAGGCAGAUGCAGAAGGUAGGGGGGCUUGGACGCUGGAUGGGACGAUGAUCGAUGUGCCCGUCGUGGGGAAGGCGAGGGCGGUUGUGGCGAGGGCGGAGAGGUGUGGGUUUGAUUUGGGCGAGAUGAGGGAGAAGUGGAAGGGGCAGGAGCCGGAAUAG